AUGGCCGACGUCCAGUUCUCGUGGUCGGACUCGCUCACCGCCGCGUUCUCCAGCUGCCUCCCCUGCCUCAAGCACUCCGGCCCCCAGCUGCCCGACUCGGACGCCGAAGACCAGCAGCCCUCGCAUGGCUUCGCGAGCCCGUUCGCGCACGCCGUGCCCCCGCCCCGCGCGCGCCCGGACGAGCUCGAGGGCCUCCUCGUCGACCCCGACGAGCUCUCGCUGCACACCAACCCGGGCGACCGCGCCCGCCGGCGCAAGAAGAAGCGCAGGGGGGUGCCGAAGCACAUCCGCGUCUUCGGCUACGACCUCUUUGGCCGCGCGCCCGCGAUCCAGCUCCCGGAGUCGGACGAGGAGGGGCAGGAGCCGCCGCGACCGAGGACGAGUCGCGGCCGGGCGUCAUUUUCUGGGGGGUUCGGGGAGGGAGAGGGAGAGGACGAGGUGCGGCCGAGGACGACGUCGACGAGCACGCUCGACUCGGACGCGGCGCCGCUCGACCCGCAGGCGAUCGCGGCGAUGGGCGCGGCGCGCAACACGGAGGCGUUGGCGCGGGAGGAGGAGGAGCGGCGGGAGAAACAAGAACGGCGGCGACGGCGACGGGAGCGGAAGGAGCUGAAGCGGCUCGCGGUCGCGCACGCGUUGGACGCGCAGGCUGCUGGGGCGCAGGAGUUCGAGGGCUUCCAGGGUAGCGCCCCGUUCUCCCCGUUCUCGCCCAGCGUCGGCUCCGGCACGGGCACGGGCACCGGCUCCGUCACGUCCUCGCAGUCCCACUCGGACGGCUUCGGGCCGUUCGCGCACGGCCAGCCGACGCAGCACUUCGACCCGGACGCAUUCGCCGACGACGACCCCGACGGCGACGGCGCGGACUUCGGCGGCGAGACCUACGCCGCGACCCCGCGCGGCGCGAAGCCCGGCCGCUCCUCGCAUUCCGGCGGCACACGCACCACCUCCGACACCCGCUCCUCGUCCACCGACAGCGGCUCGCGCGGCACCGGGGGCUCUGCGGGCUACGCCGGGCACCCGCACCUCGCGCAGCAGCCGUACGUGCACUCCCCGCUCUCACCGUACGCCGAAGACUCGUUCCCCGCCCCCGAGCUGGAUGGCGCCGUCGGCGGCGGCGAGAAGAAGCGCAAGAAGCGGCGCAAGAGCCGCCCCGCGGAGCUCGUCGUCGACCCCGGCAUGGACAUCGACGCUGAGGGCCCGCUCUCGUCGACGAUGAUCGUCUCCCCGCCCACGGCCGCGCGCGACCGCGUGCUUGUCUCCCCUGCGCCGGGCACGGGGCUCUCGGUGGCGUUCGAGGGCUUCCCGGGAGAUUUCGCGUCGCGGAAGCUGCGCGGUGUCGGGGCCGAGCUCGCGGCCCCUUCUGCGGCGACGGGGCAGCCAGCGGAGGCCUACACGCCCGUGACAGGCUUCCCGAGCGCGGGGCUGCGCGGGUCGGGGAUGCCGCGGCGGAAGAGCGAUGCGGGGGUGUUCCUCGCACGGCGCGGGGACGAGUGA